AUGGCCGAACAAACUCUUGAACACGAAACUGACGAAACCGACAACACAUCACGGGUCGAUGUGUUUAAUAGUAUUGAUCAGUUGUUGCAGAGGAUCAACGAGAAACAGGAUGAUGGAAACAUAGCCUUUCACGAAGCUUCUUUAAUAUUAAACAAACUUGAGACAGCCCUAUCUAUUGUAGUACGUUUGACAUCUCUGGAUAUCGAUCUCACAGAAAACACUAGAUUGGUCCUGCUGCAGUUUUCCGAUUGUCUAACUGAAAUAUACAAUUACUGGGCAAUUAGAUCUAGAAUAGCUAAUAUAAGGCGAGCAACAGUCACUCUACCUACUUUGGGAAUUGAAAAUGUCAGUAUGUCGGGUGAUCAAGGCAGACCAUCAUUGUCUAUACCGAAGGAAAUUCUCGAAGACCUAAGAAAUUCUGGCUACUCCUGGACUGAAAUUUCGAAAAUCUUACAAGUAUCAAGAUGGACUGUACACCGGAGUGUACGAGAAUAUAAUUUGCAACACCUAGACAGGUUUUCUGACAUAUCUGAUGAUGAACUGGACCAGUUAAUCAUGGGCUAUAUAUCCAGGCAUGGUAUAAUACCACUGGUGAAUCAUACCUCAUUGGCUUCAUUAGAUCUCAAGGUAUUCGUGUUCAGCGAGACAGGGUACGUUCUUCUCUAACACGUGUUGAUCCUGAAAAUACUGCACUUCGUUGGGCAUGUGUCACUACCAGAAGAGUUUAUAGUGUCCCAGGGCCAAACGCGCUCUGGCAUAUAGAUGGUAAUCAUGCUUUGAUUCGAUGGAAGUUUGUGGUGCAUGGGUGCAUCGAUGGCUUUUCCAGGAGGAUAAUUUACCUUCUUUGUGCAGACAACAACCGCUCAGACACUGUGGUAAAUGUUUUUGCUGCAGCCACUGAUGAAUUUGGUUAUCCAUCCAGAGUUAGGGGUGAUCACGGAGGGGAAAAUGUACAAGUAGCAAGGUUAAUGGAACGAGAGAGAGGUGAAGGGAGAGGCAGUUUUAUUGCUGGGCCAUCAACGCGAAAUCAGAGAAUAGAGAGACUGUGGAGGGAGGUAUUUCGCUGCUGUUUGUAUUUAUUUUACUGUAUAUUCUAUGCCCUGGAAGAAAGUGGUGUUCUUGAUUUGAACAAUAACAUUGAUCUGUUUGUAUUGCAUUAUGUAUAUUUACCGAGAAUUGAUCAUGCUCUUCAAGAGUUUGCAGCAGCCCUUAACAAUCGACCAAUGAGAACUGGGAAUAACUGGAGUCCAGAAAAAAAUUGGACAAACGGAAUGAUAAAUGAGGCAGUCAGGCAGUUAUCAGCCUGGGAUGAUAUUGAAAACAUUGAACUAUAUGGUGUUGAGGUUAGGGUUAGGGUUAGGUAA